GAGAGCGACGGGGUGGGGCUGCUGCAGGCGGCGGGCCGCAGCGCGCAGGUGCGGAGCCGCUCCGACACGCCGAGCGGGGGGUGGGCUCCCCGGACUGCGAGGUGCGGCAUCGUGGACGUGAAGUGCGGGAUGGGCUGCUGCUCGGUGACCAGCACGUGCACCUCGGACCAGAAGUGCAAGCCGCUGUUCGGCGACGUCGUGGAGCCCACCCCAGGCAAGAUCGGGUGCCCGAUCGCCUUCGCCGACUUCGGCGACGACGGCUGCUGCCCUGUAACCACGUUCGUGGGCCCGCCAGAGACGUGCGUGGAGCCGACGUGCGAGAACAUCCUGCAAUACAACUGCAACAUCACGUCGGGCGGUUCGCCGACCUGCACGGACGGCGGUGAGUUGCCCGCGGGCGCGUCGAUUGGCAUAACGAUCGGUGGCAACGCAGUGACGCCGACUGUCUUGCAGACUUGCACGCUCGACGGGAAGAGCUGCUACAAGUACUCGGUGAACGCUGUAGGUAUCCAGAUAGGGGGCAGCACUUACAGUCCAGAUUGUAAUUAUUGA